AGCUCCCAGUCGAGCACCCACACUGGUGCAGACACUGUCAUCAGGGUGGUGAGAUCAAAGCGGACGCAAGCACUCACCUAGUUGCACUAGCUCCAACCUCUUGCAACGACGUAGAACGCCCCAGUUAGCCGCUACGCAGAAUGGCCACCUUGGAGCAGGAGAGGCCUCGGCCAUACCCACGAGAUCUCACAAACACCAUCAACACUGCUUCUGGCUCUAACAGCCCAAGUACUUCCAGUCCUCUCUCGCAAGGAUCGCUUCCAGCCUCGCCCACCAUUGUGCGCACAGGCUAUGAUGCGUUCAUCCUCCCAUCUGUCCCAACCCACGAGCCAGAAGAUGUUCAUUUGCCAACGUCUCUGCAGCAAUCUCAGCACCAGCGCGUGCAAUUAGAGUCCACGGGUCAGGCAGAAGCCGAAGAAGUCCUUGGAAACGAUGAAGAGGAGGAAGUCUUGGAGGAACUGUGCGAUGAGGACGAGGCUUCAGAGGUGCUUGGACCUCAACAAGUCAAGAUCGAUCUGGGUGGCACCCUGUCGGCGGUCCAAGGCGCUGCAAUUGCAGCUCUUCAGGACCUUGUUUCAUCGAUGCUGGGCUCCGCGAGCUCCACGGAUCCUCCAGCGCAAAGCGCGUCUCCUGCGGCCCUACAUGGCAUUCUAGACUCCCUUCAAGCUGUCUCCGUGCGGCGCUCGGCCGGUCCUACCAACAAUCAAGAAGACUCCCUUACUGCCUUGCUAGCGAGGCUCAAUUCUCAGCUGGACCAGCUGCCCCAAUCAGACGAGGCAAGCGCUUCUACAUCUUCUUUGCAAGAUGACGUCAACUUGGCGACUGCACUUGGUGCCUUGCUGAGCAGCCUUAACAACGUUCGAUCCCCGAAUGCUACUGGCAUUGCGGAGUCCAGAAACGGCAGCAUCGAAAGCGCAAUCUCAUCUGCGUCUUUGAUACGACCUCCUUCCUCGAUGAGCCGAUCUCACUCUUCCAGUUGGCGACGCGAUAGCAGUCAAGGGCCGGGCAGCGUCACUAUGCAUUCUAGUCCAAGCGCUAGCAGGGAAGAAUUGCGCGACCCCUUCGCAGAGGCUCCCGCGCGCGAGGCAGAUGUAUAUGCGCAAUUGCAGGCACUCAUGUCCAAUUUGGCCUCAAAGUGCAAUCCCAGUGCACCUUUUUCACCCAACCAAUACGAACACAAGCCCACUCCGUUCUCUCUACCCACACCUCCGAACACUUCACCUGGUGUUUUUGCCGCCUCCCCAAUGCACCACUCGCCUCAGCUCCGCACUGCGAGCAGCGGAGAGUCUUCGGGGCUGCGCUCUGCUGGGCAAAGCUCUGGUUCAGCAUCUUCGAUGUAUGAGGACAAGGAAGCUUUGGCCAGCUGGAGUCAGCUCUCCCAUCUACUUGGCAUCACGCGAGAACUCGUCGCAGCUAGGCGCAGCCUCCAUCCGGCCGCGCGAUGCUCUCUGGAUUCGCCCUUGUCACCUCUACGCACACGCAGCCGAGGGGCAAGCACUUCCUCGAUUGGCGAAAGUCCAGUGCUUGGAUCAACGGACGAAGUGUAUCCAACGACACCGCGACAUGGUCUUCGCGCGGUAAGCAACUUAUCUCAUGGGACUGGAGAAGGUCUCAAAGGCCAGCAUUCUCCACGUCCUGCUUCAGUCACAAGCGAGAAUACAACUGCGCCCACGAUCGCAAGCGUGAAGAGCCCUCAGCCGCCGCAAUACAGCGAGAAAGGAGGAUCUGUGGCUGAAGGCGCGAGUCGCGAGACCUCUACAGUGGGACAUGGAGAGUCAGAGCACUGGAAGCAGCGCAUUGGGGAAGCUGUGAGCUCUUCCGGAUCUUUGCCAAUGAGUCUCAGCGGGUUGCCAGCGUACAUGCCGGGCACGCAGUCUUCCCGUGACGAGAAGUCGACCUAUGAGGAUGAGAAGUCUGCUGCGCAUGAGACUGAAGCUACAGCAGCAAAGGCUCGAGCUCUCUCGACUCCAGACACCUCGGCAUAUACGGCGCGCACCAGCCAGGAUCUUCGCAUGGUUCAGAGCAGCAUCGAUCGAUUGUAUCAUGCUGUGCCUCAAUUGAGCGAUCAGCGCGCUAGCCUGGGAGACUCUGCUCGACAAUUGCGGGAGGUCAAUCUGCAAGAGCUGGUCGAUCGUCUCGGACGAAGCGGCCGAAUGGAAGACCAAAGAGCAAGCCUGCCGACGCCUCGUACACCGACAACCGCUGCGACCUCACCCACUGACAGCCCCCUGGAGCCCUCUCCCUCCUCAUCAUCGCCUAGCAAGAUGGCAUUGCCUCCUAUUGCCCCGAGUCAGCAGAACAAGAGUCUCGGUCGCCGAUUCAGCGUGGGAUCAAAAUUUCAAAACCUCAGGUCCGCUGCGUCUUUCAAGGGUAAAGCGCGAGAGUCAUCGCCGCGACCUGCACUUUUGGAUCUUACAAGCUCCUCGGAGCGGGAAGUGCCAGCGAGGGAAGAGCUGCUACCAUUGUUUGACGACAUUCAGAUGGCCAAGGAGAUGGCCUACCACGAUCAGCGCGCAGAAAUGAGACCUCGAAUCCGCGCAUCGAAGCCAGACAAGCUUGCAAAGAUGGGACUGAGCGAGGCAACGAUGUCACGUCCAAAAUCUGCCAGCGGUGUAGCUGCCCAGCUAGAUGACGACGAGGACGACAAUCUCUUUGCCAUGCUGUCUGGCUCUCGUUCGCGCAUGCCUGAUCAAGACGCGCCUUUGCGCAGAGGUCCUAGACCGCCACGCCUCUCCUCUCCGACCUCACGUCAGGGGUCGGAUCUUUCCUCACCCCGCUCUGUUACUUUCAAGGGAAGGAUAGGUGUGAUGCCAUCGCCGACUGUAGCACCCUCCGCUACGGAUAGCACCUCUGAUUCGGGCACUCUGACGAUAGGUCACGCGAGCUCAAUUGCCACGACUGCUCCGGGCAGCAGACCCGACGGCCAGCCCACUGUGGGGCAAGCGGCUGCUUUCGGAGGCUGGACCCAGUCUGCAGUCAGCGCCGACGGCGAAGCGUCAGGAUCAUCUAGCACUGAUGCAGAGCCGAGUCAGCUUCUGGCAUCCCCCACUGCCGCAAUUCCACCUGCUUCGGGUGAGUUGACACCGUCUACUGCACUCGCUGGUCAACAGCCUGCUGAUAGCCUUGCGGGGCCCGCAAAAUUCUUGCGUGGGUCUGGAGGUCACAGACUGAGGUUCUUUGCUGAGCAUCAGAAGCAGCUUGGUGUGAUAUCUCUCUACGCCUUCCACGAGGACCAGCAAGAAGGGACUUCAAUCGAGACGGCAGAUAUUUUGUCAUAUCACACAAUGGCAGCAGAUGCAGCCGAUGGAGAGGGCGUUUUUGCGCAGUUCGUCAACGUCUCUUUCGUUGCAGGCCCCGAGACCACGUCCACCAGAUGUUGUCUGCCAACUGCAGCAUUGCAUCCUCAAAGCGGCUCCGUGCGGCGAGACGGCGACCAUUAUCAGAUCAAAUUGCGCAGCAAGCCAAUCGAGCAGUGUGGUAGUCUGGUGCACGAAAUUUUCAGCGAGCAUGCUGAGAUCAAUGCGCCAUUGGGAGCUGAGAAGUUGACGACAAUCCAGCCAUCGCGGUUCGCAUGUGACGCGUGCGGAGCGGUCGUCAUCAACGCCCCUGGUACGUCUCAAUACAGGGCACUGCCAUCACAGCAUUGGGAGGAGCUCAUCGAUUCCUGGAUGUGUCACGAGGAUCAGCUGCUCAAUGUGAGCGUCACACGAGGCCGAGAAGGUAUGGUUGCGGGCCGCACGAUCCCGCAGCAGUGCGCCUGGGUUGCGGAAGACAUCAUUGCUUGGCCAGGAUCAGCUGUACAGGAGGGUAGUGUGAUCACUGAUCGCCGGCCUCGAGAUCACACGGGAAGCGGAGAGGUGAGUGAGGCGAGUUUGUGGUCCUCGAAAAUUGUCUCAGAUAGUCGGACCAAAAGAAGGCUGGCGUCGACCUACCAUCGACGUGAUCGGCCUCGACGAUGCGCAGAGCCGUGAUCGCGGCUUCUCCACGAGCUGGUAGUUGCGGGCUUCCACCGUCCUUGCCGCGGUGUCUUGGGACGCGUCAAAGCUGGCUGAACGGUGGGAGUGCGAUGCCACUGCGAGAGUUGAAAGGCGGCUCUCGGCUCGCACAUUGGUUCGAUGCAGGUCGUUCAGGCGCAGGGCUACAGCUCUGUUGCACCAGCUGAUACCAAUGGGUCCAAGAUGAAGGAUGCCCUUUCAAUACACCUCGCUGCCGCAGAGCA